UUGGCUCGGAGGCGGCGGCUGCCCGGCCCGGGAGGCGCAGGCAAGCAGGCAGGCAGCAUGGCGGCGGCAUCAGCAGCCUCCGCGUCUGCAGCGUCGUCUGCGGCUGGUGCCUCGGAGAAGGAGGCGAGUCAGCAGAGCAGCCUGGGCGCCUACUCGCCCGUCGACUACAUGAGCAUCACCAGCUUUCCCCGCUUGCCCGAGGAGGAGCCAGGCGGCGGCGGCGGCGCCCCCGAGAGCUGCCUGCGCUCCAGGAAGGAGGAAGACGCGUUCCUGGCCGAGCAGGACACGGAUCCAGAUUCCUUCUUAAAAUCAGCCCGCCUUCAGCGCCUGCCUUCAUCUUCAUCGGAAAUGGGCAGCCAGGAUGUUUCACCCCUCCGGGAGACCAGCAAGGACCCAUUCUCUGGGGACUGCAGCUGUCGCCAGGACGGUCUGACUGUGAUCAUCACCGCCUGCCUAACGUUUGCUACAGGAGUCACGGUGGCCUUAAUCAUGCAGAUCUACUUUGGAGACCCACAGAUAUUCCAUCAAGGUGCCGUAGUCACCGAUGCUGCUCGCUGCACAGCACUGGGGAUCGAGGUAUUGAACAAGCAAGGCUCCUCUGUGGAUGCAGCCAUCACCUCAGCCUUAUGCUCAGGAAUCAUCAACCCUCACACGGCCGGCAUUGGUGGCGGAGGAGUAAUGCUGGUCCAUGACAUCAGGAAGAAUGAGAGCCGGGUGAUUGAUUUCCGAGAGACGGCCCCUUUCAGCAUCCAAGAAGAGAGCCUUAGGAAGGCUUGGGAAACAAAGCCAGGUCUUCUGGUUGGUGUUCCAGGCAUGAUCAAAGGACUCCAUGAAGCACAUCAGUCUUAUGGGAGACUGCCAUGGAGACAGUUGUUGGGCCUUGCUGCAGAUGUGGCCCAGGAUGGAUUCAAUGUCACACAUGAUUUAGCAAUGGCUAUAAAAGAAAUGAAGGAAGAGCAAAACUACUCAGAUAAAUUCAGAGAGACCUUCCUUCCAGAUGGCCAGCCCUUGUUGCCUGGCACGUUUGUGAGAAGACCAGACCUGGCUGCUCUUCUUGACUUGCUUGGGUCGGCAGGGGUCUCAGCUUUCUACAGCGGAAAUGUAACACAAGAGAUUAUUUCAGAGGUCCUUAACUUUGGAGGCACCUUGUCUGAAGAAGACUUCAGUAACUACACUGUUUUGGUGGAAAAUCCAGUCCACACAGUAUAUCAAGGUCACCUUGUUCUCAGUCCAUCACCUCCACAUGUAGGUCCUGCCCUGAUCACAGCUCUGAACAUCCUUGAGGGUUUCAAUAUCACCAGUCAGGUAGCCAGAGAAAAUAUUCUUCACUGGAUAACAGAGACACUAAAAGUCGUAUUGGCACUAGCUAGCAGCUUGGGGGACCCUUUCUACGAUGUGUCCAUUUCUCACAGCGUAGAAGACAUGAUGAGUAAAUCCAAGGCAAAUUUUCUGCGUCAACAGAUUGACUCUCAGUCGUUCCCCUCUGAUCAUGGCAUCCCACAUUUCUCCAUGGAAAGUGGACCCUCUGCAAGUCAGGUCCUUGUCAUGGGACCUGAUGACUACAUUGUUGCAGUUGUAAGUUCCUUGAACCGGCCAUUUGGAAGUGGAAUAAUGACUUCUUCUGGAAUCCUUCUAAACAGUCAGAUGCUGGAUUUUUCUUGGAUGAAUGAAACAGAAGGCCAUUCAUCUUCUGGCUUGAGGAACUUUAUUCAGCCUGGGAAAAGGCCGCUGUCUUUCUUGCUACCCACUGUUGUCCGGCCAUCAGAAGGGAUGUGUGGGACUUACCUUUGUUUGGGAGCCAACGGUGGCGACAAAGCUUUGAGCAGCAUAACACAGGUUUUAGUAAACGUUUUGACCUACAACAAGAACCUGAGUGAGAGUCUUUCACUAGGCCGGCUUCAUCCUCAACUUCAGUCUAAUAUCCUGGAAGUUGACAGUGAGUUUCCUGAAGAAGAUAUCAAGUACUUCACAAGCAUUGGUCAGCCGGUGAGCAAAAUCGAGGUCCUUUCUCUUGUUCAUGGAGCCAGAAGAACCAACAAUUUCAUAAUUGGUGUGAAGGACCCAAGAAGUGUGGAUGCAGCUGGAGCCACAAUAUUAUAGCAACUCCCAGAUGGGUUUGUUCACGAAAUAAGGCUUUUUCCAAAACACAUUGUGCAUGUUCCCAAACAGUCCCUUUAUCGUUCCCCCUGAGGCGGAACAAACAGUGUUUGUUAUUGGUUUCUCCAUUGCUGAAUAGACCCCUCUGCACUUCUAUGCUAAAACCAAUGCAGCAAUGAAGGCUGACAAAGGCACAAUACAGACCUUAAGUCUUUUCUUGUUUUGUUUUGUUAUUAUGAACUUGAGUUAAAAGAAUCUCAGGCACUAUUAUAAUAUGAGCACAGGGAAUAGGUUUAAUUUCAGCAGCACCCUGUCAAUGGUUGAGUCCAGCCAUUUAAUGCACAGAGAGAUAUUUCUAAACUAAGCACUGGGAACAUUCAGGAAGCAAACCACUGGUUGUGUACAAAUGUACUGUUCUGAGAGCGUGGUGACAGGUUCCUUCCUCUGUAAAUACACAUACUUCUGUUUUGAGAUGAGUUUUUUUUUUAAAAAAAAAAGGCAAAGAAAGAAUCGCAGUUUCACAGGUUUGAGUCUGAAUGGGCUGAAUGAGAAAAAUCUUAUCUGUGGUGAGUGCUUAUUGGCUAAUAUAUGUGACAUCAUUAGCAACGUCUUCUCCAAUCUCUGGAACACUUCUGCAGUUUAAAAUAAUGUUUUCAGUCCCUCCCCCCCCCCCUGUAAGGAAAGGAUAAACACAGAGGUGUGUGUGUGUGUCUGUGUGUCUCUGUGUGUGUGUGUGUACAGGCUGAUUUUUUAAAAAAGUGGAAGGCUGCCUGACUCAUUAAAAAAAAGGGUAAACAAUGGCUGAUCCAGCAUUUCACCUCCCAAUACGUAUAUUUGUCAUGCAUGUUUCAGCUUCACUGUGUGCUAGGGCCACACAUACUGGUUUGAGUGCUCUUGAAAUGGUACCUUUGUACAGUGGUAACUUGGGUUAAGAACUUAAUUCGUUCUGGAGGUCCGUUCUUAACCUGAAACUGUUCUUAACCUGGGGUACUUUAGCUAAUGGGGCCUCUGCUGCCGCCACACAAUUUCUGUUCUCAUCCUGAAACAAAGUUCUUAACCCGAGGUAGGGUUAGUGGAGUCUGUAACCUGAAGUAUCUGUAAUCUGAAGUGUCUGUAACCUGAAGCGUCUGUAAUCCGAGGUACCACUGUAUUCACCUGAGAAGAUGAGGCAAAGAUAUUUCUGUAUCCAGUGCAUUUAUUUCUGAUACUGUACUAGUCAACUUUCUCGUUUCUGAAUGAUUCCUUCUCAAGUAGAUGAAUAGAGAAUAAGAACACUGAGUUAAGUUAGCCCCAGGCAUUCUCAGAUGUUCCCUGUGAGUCAAAUGAUUUGUACCAGCAUACAUGUUCUAAUAGGAUAUCGGCUCCUCUGCACAUAUUAAUGAAAGAUUCUUUCAUUCUGAUUUUGCCUCUCUGCCCCAACGGUGUCCUCUUGGUGGCAUCAGUGCUAUGGUAUCUUGCCAGUCACUUCAACAAGUUGUAGGUUCCCCCUAUUGUGUUUUGACACAAUACAUUUAUGUAGUUCAACUUUGGAUCUGGAUUAUAAUGCUACAUACAUUUAUACUGGGGGAAAGCUGAGCUUCAGUUUUCUCAUGCUACUGUCCAUAGUAGCUCUAUCAGCGUAAUAACAUUGCAAAUUUUAAUGCAGAAAGAACUCAGGCAGAUUCAGUGUAAUCUUCUACUGAAUAAUUUAACCGAAAUCAUGGCUUUCCAUAGUGCUGCAGUUCAACUUAUUGUUGCAUUUAUUGGGCAAAACCAUGGCAAUCAAGGCCCAACAUAACCAAAAUAAACAAAGGGGCAAUCCCUUCUCACCUAAAUGUUAUGUUAACUGCAAUUUUCAAAUCAUUAACUUUGAAAAACAAUUGGCAAAACAUGGGGGUGAGGAGACCCGCCUGCCCCCCAAGCAGAAGAUUUAGGCUCAUAUGCAUUCAUAUUCACUGUCUCUGCCUUGGCCCAGUGUACUAGUUUCUUUCUUAAUCUAUGCUGAAAAGACAGAUAAUAAAACUAGAUCAAGACAUUGCAUAUUACUCAGCCCCCCCCCCCAUUGUCGUUCUCAAAUGUAAACUAAGAACAAAAAUAUUAAGACAGUUCAUAUUAAUGCAUUUUAAGGCUUGGCUGUAAAUACUAACGGGGCAGGAAAAAUAUUUUAAGUUCUAAUCUUAUGGAUUUGUAGCUGACUUCUUGCCAAGUUUAUCUCACUUCCCUUUAUAAAUUCGAAGUGGAGUUUUUUGUAAACAGAUAUGACCCAGCUGCUCAGGUCUUGCAAAGUUUACCCUGUUCAUCUGAAUUGCCAACAACAUAGCCUACAAAGUGCUAAAGAGAUACAAAGAAAGUGUUUCACUGAAAUACAAUAGAAUCUAGGACAAAAACAAAGUUCUGGGCAAUAAAAAGGUACACCAUCAAUAGUAAUGUAGUUUAUGCAUAACACUGAAAGUCUCCUACCCAAGUGAUUUUGUUGGUGUCAAGGAAGAUGUACCCAAAGUUACUUUUACACAUCCUCCAAUCAGUCUGUCUUAGGCUGAUUUGUGAAGCAGAACAACUGCUGCUUAUUAAAACUAGAGGCAAAUACACAAACAGACAUGGGCAACUGUUCCAGAUUAUUUCUAGACAUGGGUGCCGACACACUCAGUUUAUUAUGUCAGAAAUCAAUCUAGAGGACCUACAUCGGGAGCACUUUGAGACAUGUAAAAAUAUUUCAGUUCUCUGUGUAGAUGAUAGUGGGCACAUCAGAACAACUCUCUUGAUGUGAAAUAGACAGUCAGUGAACGCAUGGAGGCAGGGCGCAUGCCACAGCAGCGCAUUCUGCCCUCAGCUUCCACAUCUUCAGUGGAAGGUAUGCGCAGGGAACCCUACAUGUUGGGAGCUGUAUUGGUGUGGGUUUUAUCUGCCUGAUGUGGGAGCCUGGAUCCCUGAGUGUGCUGACAGAGCCAAUGUGUGUACAGCUGCAGGCACAGCUUCAGCUAAAAAAUGUGCACUGGUGGAGUGAACGGAGUAAAUGAUCCCACCCACCGCCAUGUAUUCACUGAUUGCAUGAAAGCCUCUUCUGAAUGUGAAAGCAAAUUCACAGUUCUACACCAUAUAAAUCACAGAGAAAACUCUGGCUCCAUUAAUAAAUAAAAAUUAUAUCUGCGUACGGAAUCCUUCCAUUAAGCUUUUGAACAACCUCCCUCCCUGACAAAAUGUAAUUUCACAGCACUUGACAUAUUAAAUGCACACCCACAAAAAUAUCUCCCCUAUACUGAUUUCACAUUAAACCAGUGCAUAAUUUUUAUUGCUUUCCUCCAUCACAUUAUUGUACCUAUGGCUACUGUACAUAUUCUGUAUGUAUAUCGGCUAAUAGCUAUGCUGGUGCUCCAGAUCUUAUAUCCCAUGAACUGGAAUUGAAUGAAUACUGUCUUGUUCAUGUGCACAUUUACAUGACAGAAAACCAACUUAAUACGAAGAAUGGCUCCUCCUAAUGUUGGAGGUAUAAAUGAACAAACAGACUGCAGAAGCCAUCACUGCUCCUGCUUUAUGCUUGAAUGUUAACUAUCCUUUGAUGACCUCAAUGUAGUUUACAAUCAUUCACUAGUUAAGGGCUCAUUCAGUUGUUCUGUUAUAAGUCGCUAAAUGGCCUACAUGAGAUUUUUGAAUGUUUGUAUGACAACAUCAACCAAGCUGCAAGCAGUGGUGUAGUGUGGGUUGCCAGCUUCCGGGGCAAGGCAAGUAUUGUGCCCUCUCCUCAGAAAACAAACAAACCCGGAACACAUAAACGCAUACCCCACGUGAAGUUCUGGAGUUGCGGUGCUUCCCCGGCAAAAGCGCAUGCAGCCUUUUCUAGCCAUAGUGCAGAGGGAUGGCUGGAGGGUGCUGGAAAAGGAGGGGUUGGGGACAAGCGGUGACCUGCCUCCACAAGAGGGCGCAGGAAGAGGAGAAAAUGAGGGGAUUCCUUCCACACCACCUUAAACACCAUGCAGGCACUGCAAUUCAGUGGCUUCAAGGCCUCAGACAAGUGAGGAGCAGAAAUUUUGCAGCCCUAAGAAUUUUGCACAUGGGCAAUAGCCCCUGUGGCACCCCCACCCACGCUACGCCACUGGCUGCAUGUGCCAACAUAUGCUUACAGUCUGCCUUAUGUAUGUAUCAAAGUCCAGGGCCAGUCCAUGAAUGAGGCAGGGUGAUGUGACUGCCCAAGGCUGCAGGAUUCACAGCAGCAGCAGAUCCCAAUGUCAGUCUCCCCCUUCACCUUGUUCCUGAUGUAGAACUUUCCUCACCCCUUCUUCCCUGGUGGGGAGGGCAGGUCUGCCAUAUUGGGGUCCUCUUCGGGUGCUAGGAUAGAGCGAUUGAGAUGAAGCAGUGGGGCUGUACAGAGUGAGACUCAGUCUGGGACAUAGAUAAUGGAGUCUUCACCCUGCUUCUGUUCCUGAGUGUCAUUCACUUUUCUUCAGGGAAAGGGUAGGGCUCCAUCUGGGGACAGCUGUCUGGUGAGGGCAAAACUGAACACCCUGACACUGCAUGGCCAAGCCUCCAUCAUCAGGAGCAAGGUUUAGUGCACCUUAGUGCAUAGAGUAUACAGAAACUGAUUUUGUACAGAUUUUGAGAGAUCCCUGAUAUAAGGGAUCCUUCCUCCAUAUACACUUGCCUGUCUUAAUGACCAAAAAAUUAGAAACUUGUUCAUGAAUACAAAGCCAUAGAAGAUUACUAGUCAGAAGUUUUACAAUGGAUCCCUUAGAGCUAUUUCCACAUACAGUAUACGUGUUAACACUUGUGUGGAUUUCUGCAGCAAGGGAAGAUAAGAUGAACUGAAGGGAUAUAUCCAUAUUUUUGCUCUGAGGAGGCAACAGAGUGCACAUGUACACACUGACACUCACACACACACACCCUGACACACGCACACAGAUUUACCAUGCCACUACAUAGGUUCAGAAAGUGGGAUGAGCUGUGCUUGCAAAGGAGCAAUCAUAGCCUUAGAAUGCAUUUCAAUUCUUUCUUAACAAGCACACUUUGCAUUCAGCACUAAAUUUGGUACCAAAUGCAAGCUGAGCUGCUUUCUGCUGGGGUUGGAUCUACCUGACAUCCUAUGACACCAGGUUGGUAUCUCUGUCCAACUAGCCCACCUACUGCAGGAGGGCACUAAAGAACUGGCCUCUCCUUUUCUAAUCUGUGACUGACUGCAUAUUGUUUUAGUGUCUUAUCUUCUAAGCAAAUUGUACAGUAGUGUGAAGUGUUCGAUUGAUCAACAUAUGAAUUGUAAAGAGCAAAAUACUCAGUGGACUCCCCCACCUAUCUUCUAGGCACUGAGUAAAAUGUCUGAAGCGCCACCUAAACUUACUUUGCUGCUGGGAACCAAAAUGCUUAAAGUUUAAUUUUACCAGAAGGUAAAUUGCAAGAAGAGGGAUUUUUAAAAAAACACAAUGUAAACUUUGAAAAACAGAGUUCAUGAAUACAAAUUGUAAAGUUGACAUGUUUACUGUAUAGCAUUGUUUUUAUUUGGAAACAAGUAACACAAAAUGCAUUGUUAUCACAACUGUGACUUUGGUUGUACAGACAAGAAAAUGUUCAUGCAUUUUCCCACCAAUAACAAAAAGGCAGAAAUAAAAACACUUUUCUUUUUGUAUUAUA